UCGUUUUUCGGUUUAUCCCCCGUAUGUUUUGUGUCGUUCGUUUGUUUGUUUGUUUGUUUAUUCUUUGUUGUGUGAACCAGUGAAUCGAUAUGCUCGAUCGGGAAUUCAUGGUGAUGAUUGUUAGCUGAGUUUAUUUUGCCACCUGCCUCAAGUGUUGAUUCGUGUGUUUCUUCACAACCAAGUUCAAGUUGUCGCUCGACUCGGUUUUUUUUACCAUUGCCACGGUGAUUCUAGUCCAAAAAGAAAAAACCCAUCGCACGAACUUCAAAAGCAAAAUCCCUCCACUUUUGUACAUGUGCAGGGCACAACUUUUGGAAUAAAGUAACAUUAGCCGACACGCAAAUCCAAGGGCACCGUAACGCAUCCCGAGUUCUUUAAUGCAGACAAGCCAAGCAACCGCGACAGGUGCAGAGCCAAAUGUAGCUGGACAGCGACACCAGCUAAAGGCGAGGGAGGAGGCGUGGGAGCAGGGAAGCCGCUCGACGCUCUGCAUCCGUAACAUGACGCUGUGAACCAGCUGCGAAAACAAAAGAAGGUCCAUCGAUAGGUAAAAGCCAGAAAGGGAAGAAAAAAAAAAAAAACGGGGCCAAGAAAAAUCAGCGAAAAUUUUGCCCAAACAAAAAACCUGUGCGAGCGUGCGCGAGUGCUCGAACGCGAUGUACAAGAUCCUGAGGCGUGGCUCGGGCCGCAUGUUCGCGCUCGCAGCCAUCGUCGCGACGCUGCUGCUCUGCCUCUACUAUGUGAACCAGAGCCAGCAGCCGAGCAACGCGGUCGGAAGUGCGGGGUCAGCUCCCGGGAUCGCCGAGUCUGGGCUCUUUGAGAGGGCUAUAACAUCGGUCGGGCCUUCCGAUAGUAGUCAGCUGCCUGACGCUCAGGUCUCGCCGGAUACAUGUCCACUCAUCAUGCCGAGGGAUGCGGAUAUCGACGCGCAGGUGGAAUUUGAGAAGUUCGACUUUCAGCCAUCGUGGAUGAGGAGCCGCGAGUACUGGGACGACAGUUUCGAGCGGCGCUACGCGGAGCUGAAAAAAGAUCCCGGAAGGCCACCCUUGAAGGUUAUACUGGUGCCGCACAGUCACACGGACCCGGGCUGGUUGAAAACGUUCGAGCAGUACUUUCACAGCUCGACGCGGAUGAUCCUCAACAACAUGGUCACGAAGCUCACGCAGUGGCAGAACAUGACCUUCAUUUGGAGCGAGGUGUCUUUUUUGUCCCUCUGGUGGGAGAGUGCUCAUCCGACGAAAAAAAUGAAGGUGAAGAAUCUGAUAAAGGACGGCCGGCUGGAGAUGACGACCGGAGGUUGGGUCAUGACUGACGAGGCGACGUCCCACAUCUACGCCAUGCUGGACCAGUUGAUCGAAGGUCAUCAAUGGUUGAAGACAAAUCUCGAUGUGAUACCAGAAACCGGUUGGUCUGUCGAUCCUUUCGGUCACGGAAGUACAAUGCCAUACUUGCUAAAAUCUACGGGCGCCUCCGGUACAAUAAUUCAGCGUAUCCACUACGCCUGGAAGCAGUGGUUUGCCAAAAAGCAGUACGGUGACUUCUUCUGGGUUCAACCAUGGGAUCAGAGCGGUGCUUCUGACAUGCUUACGCACAACCAACCCUUUGAUAUUUACAACAUCAAACAUUCAUGUGGUCCACACCCACACGUAUGCCUAAAUUACGAUUUCCGGAAAAUUCGUAAUGAAUACACCGAGUAUUCAGCUAAGGCCGUGGACAUCACGUCGAAUAAUGUCAAAGCCAUGGCUGAACAGUUGCUCGAGCAAUACUUCAAAACUGGUUCGUUAUUCCUGCACAACGUUGUUGUUAUACCGUUGGGUGAUGAUUUUAGGUACGACCAUCCAAUCGAAUGGGACCAACAGUACACAAAUUAUAAAAUACUGGUUGACUACAUAAAUAGCCGUAAGGACGAAUACAAUGCCGAAGUGAUAUUCGGUACUCCUAAGGAUUAUUUUAAUGAAAUUCAAAAACGGAUGGCGCAUUUUCCAACCCUUAAGGGCGAUUUCUUUGUUUAUUCAGAUAUAUUCAGUGAAGGUAGACCUGCUUAUUGGAGUGGUUACUUUACUACUCGACCUUACAUGAAAAUCCUAGAUCGGGAAUUGGAAGCAAAUCUUCGAUCUGCUGAAAUUUUGUACACGAUAGCAUUGAACGUUGCCAAGCAAUCAGCCAAAGACAUCAAAAUGUAUGAAACGUAUUUCGAAAGGUUAGUUAAGGCACGGCGAAAUCUGGGGUUAUUCCAACACCAUGACGCAAUCACAGGGACGUCCAAGUCCUUCGUCAUGAAAGACUAUGCUCUGAAACUCUUUGAGUCCAUAUCGGACAUGACGGGUUUGCAGAGUUUUGCUAUCCAAUCGUUAGCUGCUACGGAAACCAAGGCCAAUUCUACAUCAGGACAAGUGUAUGUCCUUUCAGAGUCUGAUCGAGACAGCUACGAAAAGCUUCCUAAAAAGAUCCCUAUCAACAUCAAUAAUCGAGAAACGAAAAGGAUCGUUCUUUUUAAUUCUCUUGCGCAACCAAGACGAGAAAUUAUCACUGUAAAGACUUUAACAUACCGCGUAAGAGUUCUCGAUUCCCACAAGAAUCCCAUUCCCUAUCAAAUUGCCCCAGUGAUGAAUGCAACGAGCAUCACGCACGACGUUUAUGUUUUGUUGUUUGCUGCUGAUUUGAAGCCACUGACGAUAGCUGUGUACUACCUUCAGCAAAUCGAUAGGGUACCAGCAGAAGCCAUUUCCACGGUUUAUUGUACGAGAUGUGGCAAAGAUAAUGUAUUUCCAAUCAAACCCAUGCAAAUAGGUGACGUUCAAUUAGAGAACCAGCGGAUGAAACUAUUGUUCGAUGGCCAAAGUGGUUUUCUUAAGCGAGUCACGAAGAAGCCCAGUGGAAAGAUCAUGCAGUGUAAUAUUCAAUUUGACGCUUACACGUCAGCCCAAUUUCAUAGUGGUGCGUAUCUCUUUAUGCCAGAUCCCAAUCUUCGUGACACUGACAAAGAUAUCUUGGAGGUAUACACGCCUCAUCAAAAAAUAUACAUUAUUUCUGGUGCGUUGAGUUCUCGUCUUACUGUGGAGUAUGGAAAACUGUUGGCUCACCAUGUAGCCAUAUACCACCAAGAAGGUACAUUAUCCGAGGCAAUACAUAUUCGAAAUAUUGUGGAUUUCGAGACUCCACCAAAGAACCGUGAGACGGAAAUGUUUAUGCGUAUUCAAACGGACAUUGUAAAUGGCGAUCCACCAGAGUUUUAUUCAGAUUUAAAUGGUCAUCAAAUGAUAAAACGUACGAAAAUUGAAAGGAUAGGUAUCGAAGGUAAUUACUUUCCUAUCACAACGAUGGCUUAUAUUGAAGAUUCAUCACACAGGCUAACACUUCUUGUGAAUCACGCACAAGGAGCAGCGAGUUAUCAGCCAGGCUGGCUAGAGGUUAUGUUGGAUCGAAGGACGUUGUAUGACGAUUCGAGGGGUAUGGGCGAGGGAUUAUUGGAUAAUCGGAAAACAGUUUUCAAAAACUGGCUACUACUGGAAGACAUCGUAGGGGAGAAGGAUCGAUAUUCUAAGCCAUCUCUCUUUGCGAACCACUUGAGCAACGCUUUGAACUACCCUGUAAAUAUUUUUGUGGUUGACGGAACGGAAAGUGAGAUCAAACUGGCUCCAGAAACAAGACUUUUAAGUAACAGUAUGCCUUGUGAUAUGCAUUUAUUGAAUCUCAGAACGAAUCAUGAUCCAAAAAUGCCACAUUAUCCGAUCAACAAUGCUUUGAUGGUGCUGCACCGGCAAGGAUACAGCUGUGCCGCCGGUACAGAUAUUUCGAUCAAACACUGCCCUCUAUAUGAUAAGCUGUCGCCUGAUACAAUGUUUUACAAACUGUACGCCCCUAAUGUGACGAAAACUUCGCUGACAGGUACUAGAUUUCAAAAACAGUUGAAGGAUGGACUUCAGGAAAUUUCAUUGCAGCCUAUGGAACUCGGCACUUAUAAUCUUAACUUUGCCAUUAAUCUACACUGAGUAAGGGGGAGUCAGGGUUGUCAGAAUUCAAAGACAUUAAGACACAGUGAUCAGUGAUGAAAACUGCCAAUGUACUUUUAAAAUUGAAUUAUGAUAACUCGUAGUGACGUAUGAAGUGUCAAAAGUGUGGACACAAAGUUUGUAUCAAGACUAAGUGACGAGUUCAGAAAAAUAUACUUAUUGCAUCAUACAGUUUUAGUACUCUUCUCCAACUAAAGAAGUCUUAAGAUAUGUCUUCAGAGAUGUAAAGAAAGAAGUUUUACAAAUGUAUCAGAAACAUCAACAAAAAAGACUUUAUGUCUCUCGUACGGUGUUGUUAUUAUGAAGUAAUACAAGGAAUAAUAUAUUCGCCAAUAGUGAUGUUAUCAUCAAAAUGACGAUUCUAAAACAGGGAGGUUCAAGUAGUUUUUAAAUUUAGAAUAUUUUUAAGGAAAAAACAAUUUUUUCUUGUAGUUCUUGAAGACUACUUGAACACCAUUGUUUUGGUGUUGCCAUACGGAUGGUAGUAACCAUAAUAUAAACUAUUACAUUUUGUCAAAUUUUACCUUGCAAACUUACACCAUACGAGAGGUGUCAAGUUCUUUUAUAUGACUUCUUUACUUGGAGUUGGAUC